GAAGCUCCUCCGCGGCGCCACGGCGUGGUCCCCAGUCUUCGGAAAAGAAGUCCGCUCUGGUUCGGAGAAACGGCGGCUGACGUGGGCCGCCUGGGGAAUGGGAGGCCUCGUGACUUAGUGUCGCGGGGCAGGAAGGAUCUUGCCGGCUUCGCUUGUGCAGGGACGGAUCUGGGCCCCCGAGCGUGGCGGGAGAGCCCUGGAAGCCUCCGGAGCAGGGGCCCCACCGGCACCGGCUGAGCGCCCGCGACCAUGAACGGGGAGGCCAUCUGCAGUGCCCUGCCCACCAUUCCUUACCACAAGCUGGCCGACCUGCGCUACCUGAGCCGCGGCGCCUCGGGCACUGUGUCGUCCGCCCGUCACGCAGACUGGCGCGUCCAGGUGGCCGUGAAGCACCUGCACAUCCACACGCCGCUGCUCGACAGUGAAAGAAAGGAUGUCUUAAGAGAAGCCGAAAUUUUACACAAAGCUAGAUUUAGUUACAUUCUUCCAAUUUUGGGAAUUUGCAAUGAGCCUGAAUUUUUGGGAAUAGUUACUGAAUACAUGCCAAAUGGAUCAUUAAAUGAACUCCUACAUAGGAAAAUUGAAUAUCCUGAUGUUGCUUGGCCACUGAGAUUUCGCAUCCUGCAUGAAAUUGCACUUGGUGUAAAUUACCUGCACAAUAUGACUCCUCCUUUACUUCAUCAUGACUUGAAAACUCAGAAUAUCUUAUUGGACAGUGAAUUUCAUGUUAAGAUUGCAGAUUUUGGUUUAUCAAAAUGGCGCAUGAUGUCCCUCUCACAAUCACGAAGUAGCAAAUCUGCACCAGAAGGAGGGACAAUUAUCUAUAUGCCACCUGAAAACUAUGAACCUGGGCAAAAAUCAAGGGCCAGUAUCAAGCAUGAUAUAUAUAGCUAUGCAGUUAUAACAUGGGAAGUGUUAUCCAGAAAACAACCUUUUGAAGACGUCACCAAUCCUUUGCAGAUAAUGUAUAGUGUGUCACAAGGACAUAGACCUGUUAUUAAUGAAGAAAGUUUCCCAUAUGAUAUACCUCACCGGGCACAUAUGAUCUCUUUAAUAGAAAGUGGAUGGGCACAAAAUCCAGAUGAAAGACCAUCUUUCUUAAAAUGUUUAAUAGAACUUGAACCAGUUUUGAGAACAUUUGAAGAGAUAACUUUUCUUGAAGCUGUUAUUCAGCUAAAGAAAACAAAGUUACAGAGUGUUUCAAGUGCCAUUCACCUGUGUGACAAGAAGAAAAUGGAAUUAUCUCUGAACAUACCUGUAAAUCAUGGUCCACAGGAGGAAUCAUGUGGAUCCUCUCAUCCCCAUAAAAAUAGUGGUUCCCCUGGAACUUCAAGGUCCCUGUCAGCUCCUCAAGACAAUGAUUUUUUAUCUAGAAAAACUGAAGACUCUUCUUUUAUGAGGCUGCAUGACUGUUCAGUAAAUCACAGUUGGGAUAGUACCAUUUCUGCAUCUCAAAGGGCCACAUUCUGUGAUCACAAGACCAUUCCAUGCUCUUCAGCAAUAGUAAAUCCACUGUCAACUAGAGGAAACUCAGAACGUCUACAGCCUGGUAUAGCCCAGCAGUGGAUCCAGAGCAAAAGGGAAGACAUUGUGAACCAAAUGACAGAAGCCUGUCUUAACCAGUCACUAGAUGCCCUUCUUUCCAGGGACUUGAUCAUGAAAGAAGACUAUGAACUUGUUAGUACCAAGCCUACAAGGACCUCAAAAGUCAGACAAUUACUAGACACUACUGACAUCCAAGGAGAAGAAUUUGCCAAAGUUAUAGUACAAAAGUUGAAAGAUAACAAACAGAUGGGUCUUCAGCCUUACCCGGAAAUACUAGUGGUUUCUAGGCCACCAUCUUUAAAUUUACUUCAAAAUAAAAGCAUAUAAAUGAGUGUUUUUCAAGAAAAAAAGUCGUUUUAUAAAAGGGUAUUUAUAUCUCUUGCUUUGAAUUUUUUUAUGUAAAAUCCAUGAAUAUUAAAGCUUUAUUAAAGAUUCUUCUUUAGGUAAAUAUUAGUCUCCCUCCAUGACAAUGCAGUAUUUUUUUAAUUAAUACAAGUAAUAAGCUUGAAUUUUGUUACAUA